AUAAGAAGAAGAAACUAGAGGCAUCAGGCAUGCAAUUGGGUGUGGCGGCCGUCCAUCAUCCAUGAAAUGGCAGCUCAUCAGCAUGCGCUAGUACUGCCAAUUACGCCUUCCCCUUUCUCUUUGGUUGCGAAUUCGGGUACAGGCUGGAGCUCAAGGCCGCCUUCUAUAUAUGUUUCCACUCUCUUCCUUAGGGCUUUGGCCCUCGUUUUCUCCUUUGCCUCCGCUCUGUCCCUGGCAACUUUGUCGCGGGCCAGGAAGACGUCCGAAGGCCAACCGUCGACGUCUACCUUCACUGAAUACCCAAAAUUGUUGUACAGCUUCAUUGUGGAUGUGCUGGUUUUCUUAUACUCAGCCUACCAACUCUUGAAGGGAGUCUGCGACAUGGCUCACAGAGGAUUUCUUGUUUCAGACAAAGCUUCUGAUUACAUUAGUUUUGUGGUUGAUCAGUUGGCAAGUUACAUCCUGGUUUCAUCAUCUUCAGUAACGAUAGUGGUCAUUCAACAGAUGAAGGAAACGUCAGCUUCUCAGUCGAUGAAGGCCGCCAUAAUAAUCUCCCUUUGCAUGUCCAUGGCUGCUUUCCUUGUUAUUCUGCCUUCUUCCCUCUUUUCAGGUUACAAGCUCUGUAAAAGGAUCGUUUGGUGACUACUCACUACUCUUCGAGUUUUUAGCACAAGAGUCAUUAUUUAACAAUCGCAAACUUUGAGUCACGAAUCCUUAACAGAAUCGUGUUAUAUUCUUAAGCCCCUGCUAAGCCUUUUGUAUCUUUGAUAUUCAAGACCCAAGUUGGCUCAAAGAUCUCGAGGUAAUGGUUAUAUGAGGGCAUUUUAGACAUUUUAUAAGUCUUAUUUUCAACCUUGUAUUGUCUGCCCUAAAUGCCUAUAAACAAGAGACAUGAGGCAGUCACUUGGCAUCAUUCAUUUUACAUAUUGAGUGCCGUGAAAAUUGAGAGAAAAGUCUAGACAGGUAGUGCUUUGUAAUCUUGAUUGUGUUGUACUCGUGAGAGGGUUUCUUGUUCUAAUUUCUUCAAGAUUCUAGUGGAUUGGCUAUCGGGACAAGAGGCUAGAUGUAGCAUCAUCAUUCAUCUGAAUUAGGAUACAUCUUUGUGUA